GGCAAACGUGACGGUCACCGACCUGGAGGAGCUGCAGGAGCUGUUGAUGGUUAAUAUAGAGAACAACAAACAUCUGGUCACAGGGUCAGUGCGAGCCAAGGUACUGAAAUGGGGUGAAGAUGUAACAGAAUUUCAGCCUCCCCCUGAUUAUAUAUUAAUGGCUGAUUGCAUUUACUACGAGGAGUCACUAGAGCCGUUACUGAAGACACUGAAGGACCUUACUGGCCCCGAUACGUGCGUCUUGUGCUGUUACGAACAGAGGACUAUGGGAAAGAAUCCUGAAAUUGAGAGAAAAUACUUUGAGCUGCUUCAGAUGGACUUCGAGCUGGAAAAAAUUCCCCUGGAUAAGCAUGAUGAGGAGUAUCGCAGUGAAGACAUUCAUAUCAUGAAUAUCCGCAGGAAACAAACG